UACAGCAAGACCUGUGUGCAGCAAGGAGCUAAGGCCUUCAGUGUCCCCUUCCCUAUCCAGGUUGCUCAUAAAAUGGAGUCCCAGCGGGAACUAGCAGAGGAACUGCGGCUUUACCAGUCCACCCUUCUACAGGAUGGUCUAAAAGAUCUCCUGGAUGAGAAAAAAUUCAUCGAUUGUACCCUAAAAGCAGGUGAUAAAAGUCUUCCUUGCCACAGGUUGAUUUUGUCAGCUUGUAGCCCGUACUUCCGUGAGUAUUUUCUAUCUGAAAUUGAGGAGGAGAAAAAAAAAGAGGUAGUACUAGAUAAUGUGGAUCCUGUUAUACUGGAUUUGAUCAUCAGAUACCUGUACUCCGCCGCUAUUGACCUCAACGAUGGGAAUGUGCAAGAUAUUUUUGCCUUGGCCAGCCGAUUUCAGAUCCCUUCAGUGUUCACUGUCUGUGUUUCUUAUCUUCAGAAAAGACUUGCUACUGGUAACUGCCUAGCCAUCCUCAGACUAGGGCUUCUUCUUGACUGUCCAAGGCUUGCCAUCUCUGCUCGUGAAUUUGUGUCUGACCGCUUUGCGCAGAUCUGUAAGGAAGAGGACUUUCUGCAACUGUCUCCACAAGAACUGAUCUCCGUCAUUUCAAAUGACGCUCUCAAUGUAGAAAAGGAAGAAGCAGUAUUUGAGGCAGUGAUGAAAUGGGUUCGAACAGACAAAGAAAACAGGGUUAAAAACCUUAGUGAGGUGUUCGAUUGUAUUCGUUUUCGCCUUAUGACAGAAAAAUAUUUUAAAGAUCAUGUUGAGAAAGAUGAUAUAAUUAAAAGCAACACAGAGCUACAGAAAAAAAUCAAAGUUCUUAAAGAUGCCUUUGCAGGCAAACUCCCAGAAUCUAGUAAAAAUGCAGAGAAAGGGGAGGCUGGUGAGGUGAACGGUGAUGUUGGCGAUGAAGAUUUACUCCCUGGUUACCUGAACGACAUUCCCAGGCAUGGAAUGUUUGUCAAAGACCUCAUCCUCUUGAUUAACGAUACAGCUGCAGUAGCUUAUGAUCCCACAGAAAAUGAGUGCUACCUUACCGCACUGGCUGAGCAGAUUCCCAGAAACCAUUCCAGUAUUGUUACCCAACAAAAUCAAGUGUACGUAGUAGGGGGAUUAUAUGUGGAUGAAGAAAAUAAAGAUCAACCUCUGCAGUCAUAUUUUUUCCAGCUUGAUACCAUAACAUCUGAAUGGAUUGGACUACCACCUCUGCCUUCAGCCAGGUGUCUGUUUGGUCUGGGAGAGGUAGAUGACAAAAUCUAUGUAGUUGCAGGCAAAGACCUGCAAACAGAAGCUUCAUUGGAUUCAGUAUUAUGCUAUGAUCCUGUGGCUGCAAAAUGGAACGAAGUAAAAAAACUCCCUAUCAAAGUGUAUGGCCACAAUGCGGUUUCACAUAAGGGAAUGAUAUAUUGUCUAGGAGGAAAGACAGAUGACAAAAAGUGUACAAACAGAAUGUUUAUCUACAACCCAAAAAAAGGAGACUGGAAAGACCUGGCUCCAAUGAAAACCCCUCGUUCAAUGUUUGGAGUGGCGGUCCAUAAAGGCAAAAUAGUGGUUGCCGGAGGUGUCACUGAAGAUGGUCUUUCAGCCUCAGUUGAAGCCUUUGAUCUCACAACCAAUAAAUGGGAAGUAAUGCCUGAAUUUCCCCAAGAAAGAAGUUCCAUCAGUUUGGUUAGCCUGGCUGGAUCCUUAUAUGCCAUUGGAGGUUUUGCCAUGAUUCAACUGGAGUCUAAAGAGUUUGCUCCCACUGAAGUCAAUGACAUAUGGAAGUAUGAAGACGAUAAAAAAGAAUGGGCUGGGAUGUUGAAGGAAAUACGUUAUGCUUCAGGGUCAAGUUGCCUAGCGACUCGUUUAAAUCUCUUCAAACUGUCUAAACUAUAAAAAGAAAGUGGUAAAAACAUAAUGGAGUGGGAGGUGAUCCAUUUUUGAUAAUAGGUUUUAACAUAUUGUUUUUGUUAAGUCAUGUAGAAAUUAUUCACUAAUUUAUUGUCCAAGAAGUUAGUAAUGAGUAUCAAAACCUCAGCAUGAUUGAAUCUUCAAUGAAUAAUCAGGUUUAAAAUGAUUUUUAAUAAAUUAGACAUUAAUUUGAAUAGAUUAUGUGUUAAUCUCUCGAAAUUGUAAAGGAGUUUCUCAAAUUUGGUCUGUUUACUAACCCUUUCAUUUGCAUUUGUUACAUUUGUUUUCUAUUACAAAUAAUGUUGAAUAAUGAAAUAUGUCCAUUUUUAAAAUGUUUAAAACAUCAACACUAUUUCUCCGUGUUUCUAGAUAUAAGAAUCCUUGUUUUAGAGGUUAUAUGCUAUGAGAUUUUGGAAAUAUUAUUUAAGGAAUAAAUGGAUUUCAUCUGAA